UUUGUGAGAAAUGAAAAGGGGCACCAGAUAAUUUACAAGUAAAAAGUCCAUGUACCAACACCUCCCUGAUUGUCCCUGGGACUGAGACAGAGGGGGAGAUAUUGCCCCCGGUUCCCAGGCCUGAGUAAGAAGAAAUGUUUGUGUGAAGUGAGGGGAGAAGAGAGAACUCUGACUGUGACACUGAGACUACAGCUGGAAUGACCUGGAGAGAAUCUGAAUGACCUGGUCAAAGAGCUGCAGACUUGCCUGAUCCUGCCUGAGCUGUGAAUUCUCUGCUGCGGGGAGGAAAUAAACUGAAGUGCUCCCAGUCCUACCUGUGACUUCAGCAACUUUAAAAGGGAAAGUACACAGGUCAAACUGGAGCCAUGUUGGCCGGUGAUCCAAUGACAAUACUCCUCUCAGCCUUUAUUUGCCUUUUUCUGGGAUUUGUUUUGUUUGGCAAGAAAAAGAAUGUUUACCAAAAUUUCCCUCCUGGUCCAAGAACCCUACCAUUCAUUGGGAAUAUGCACCUUAUGGAUGUAAAACAACCCUACAAAACAUUGCUAGAGGUAUCUAAGAAGUAUGGCUCGGUAUUUAGCGUGCAGCUAGGAACAACAAAGAUGGUUGUACUGUGUGGCUAUGAUACAGUUAAAGAUGCCCUUGUCAAUUAUCCUGAUGACUUUGCUGACCGACCUCCCUUGCCUUUGUUUGAUGACGUAGUCAAGGGCCACGGUGUUUUCUUUUCUAAUGGUGAGAACUGGAGAGUCAUGAGACGCUUUGCUCUUUCAUCACUUAGAGAUUUUGGAAUGGGGAAGAAGAGCAUUGAGAACAAGAUCAAUGAAGAAUGUGAUCAUUUAGUACAAACAAUUAACUCCUACAAAGGACAGCCUUUUGACAACACUAUGAUAAUGAACGCCGCUGUAGCCAACAUAAUUGCCUCCAUUUUACUUAGUCAUCGGUUUCAUUAUGAAAAUCCAACGUUGCUGAGACUCCUGAAAUUAGUGAAUGAAAACAUUCGGCUCAUGGCAAGCCCAAAAGCCAUGCUCUACAACACUUACCCCUCUAUAAUGCGUUGGGUACCCGGCUGCCACAAAACCAUUUACAAUAACGCACAGGAACUGAUGGAAUUUAUUAGAGAGACUUUUUCAAAACAAAAGGCUGAGUUGGACAUAAAUGACCAGAGAAACCUGAUUGAUGCAUUCCUUUCCAAGCAACAGGAGGAAAAAACGAAUUCCAGAGAAUAUUUCCACGAUGACAAUCUGACGUUGCUCGUGUUUGAUUUAUUUGCUGCCGGCAUGGAGACAACUUCAACGACUCUGAGAUGGGGACUUCUGUUAAUGAUGAAAUAUCCAGAAAUCCAAAAGAAGGUCCAAGAUGAAAUUGAGAAAGUGAUUGGCUCAGCUGAGCCUAGAGCAGAGCACAGAAAAGAUAUGUCCUAUACUGAUGCUGUACUUCAUGAAAUCCAGAGAUUUGCUAACAUCACUCCAAUGAAUGGUCCCCACGCAACCGCACAGGAUGUCACUUUCAGGGGAUAUUUCCUACCCAAAGGCACCUUUGUCAUCCCAUUGCUGGCAUCUGUACUGAGAGAUGAGAAAUACUUUGAGAAGCCGUAUGAAUUUUACCCUCAACAUUUCCUCAACUCAGAAGGACAUUUUGUGAAAAACGAGGCGUUCCUUCCCUUCUCAGCAGGUCGCAGAAGUUGUGCUGGAGAGACGUUGGCUAGAAUGGAACUCUUCCUGUUCUUCACAAGGCUCCUGCAGAACUUCACAUUCCAGGCGUCUCCUGGGCAGGAACUUGAUCUCACACCUGCUGUUGGUGGAACUACGCCCCCUAAGCCCCAUACUGUUUGUGCUUUGUCUCGUACCUGAGGCUAGCAUGUUGACCAACUGAAUAUUCAGUACUUUGGUAUCUUGAGUUCUAUUUUGGACUUUUGGUUCAACAGUCUGGAUGGGUAGGGUUUGGAUUUGUUUGCGGGAAUAUUUGGGCAUGACAAGGAGUGUUUGGGGCUGUUGACUAAAACAUCUGAAUGUUCAAUGAAAAAUGAUUUCUAGUUAUGAAAGAGGGACAUUUGAAAAGUUAAAAUGUACCCUAGUUCCACAGGCAAAAAUAAGGACUGUAUUUAAACACUAAGGGGAAAAUUUAUCAAAAUGUGAGAUUGAUGUUUACUACAGAAAAAAUCACCCACUUUCUAAUCUUUCCUAUGGGAUUUUAGAAUCAUAUUUAUCAAAUAGUGA